CUCUGAUCCCGCGGCGUCCCGAGCACGGCGAUGGUGGAGGUCCAUGGACAGGUUCAGGGAUCCAAGGGGAAUAAGAAGAGGAAUAAGCCUGCGCUUGAGAUUGAGAACCUUGCUGAGAUUCUUGAGGAUUUCAAGAUGGUGCUUGUGGUGAGGAAUGACUUGAAGAUGGGAAAAGGAAAGAUUGCUGCACAAUGCAGCCAUGCUACUCUGGGUUUGUAUAAAAAGCUUCACAACAGAGCCCCGAAAGCAUUAAGCAGGUGGGAAAUGUGCGGACAGGUUAAAGUUGUUUUAAAAAUUGAUAGCGAGGAAGACAUGCUUUUAUUACAGGAAAGAGCAAAGUCAUUGAUGUUACCAACCCAUGUGACAAUUGAUGCUGGAAGGACACAAAUUGCCCCAAAUUCAAGGACGGUGAUGGCUAUACUAGGACCAGCUGAUGUGGUCGACGAUGUAACUGGUGGCCUAAAGCUCUUGUGAUCUUACGCUGCCCACUCAGCACUGAUUGAUGAAAGAAUAUAGGAUUUAUCCUUUACAAUUCAAGUUACAUCUCAGAGUACAUUUCUGUAAACUCCUUUUUUUUGCUCUUCAUUAAUCAAAAUGUUCAAUUUGCUCAUGCUACUAAGUAAAAGAGCUAAUAUAUGGAAAGCUACUUUGUUUGAUUGUUUGGAUUA